AUGCGCCUGCGGCGUGCCGUGCACGGCUGGACGCGUGCGUGGCAGGACACUUGUCCCCCUUCCCUUCCAGGGACGCCCCAGACCUCGCUGCUGGGACCCCCGCCCGGCUUGUUGAACCCUCCGGUCUCGGCGGAGCUUCUCCAGACGGCGCGGCACCUGCAGGUGGGCGAGAAGCAACGAGUCUUCACAGGCAUCGUCACCAGCCUUCACGAUUACUUCGGGGUGGUGGACGAGGAGGUCUUUUUCCAGCUCAGCGUUGUGAAGGGCCGGAUACCGCAGAUCGGGGAGAAGGUGCUGGUGAAAGCUGUCUACAACCCAAGCCAGGCGGUACCCUGGAACGCGCUGAAAGUCCAGACGCUCUCCAACCAGCCUCUCCUGAAGGCCCCAGCACCUCUUCUGCACAUGGCGUCCCUGGGACAGAAACAGGGAAUCCUUGGCGCCCAGCCUCAGCUGCUGUUCCAGCCUCACCGCAUCCCACCGCUCUUUCCCCAGAAACCAGUGAACCUCUUCCCAUCUCCCCCAUCCAUUCACCUGGGACACCUGGGGAGAUACCCAGGGCGAGGACCAAAGGGCCGGAACGACCCAGGCAGAUGGGACGAUUUUGAGUCGAAGAAGCGGAAACAGAAAGGUGGUGAGCUGUGGGGAGCGAAAAAGCCUCGCCACGACCUGCCUCAGUAUCGGGUUCACUUUGCCCGCUACGCUGUGGACAGCCCCUUCUGUGACGCCAUGGAGAUCCUGCGGCGCUACUGCAGCAUCCAGCUGCCCCGGGGCUUCUACGACGUCCGCCUGUGCUGGCUGGACACGUUCCCCCUCACCCAGCCCCUGAGCCUGAGGCACCCCAGCCGCAUCCUGGUGGCUGACCCGGAGGAGGUACCAGAGCCGGAGGAGGAGGCUGAGCCAGACACCGCUCCAGGUGACGUGGAUUCCGCUUUCAGCGCCAAGGUGCUGCUGCUGUCCUCUCCGGGCCUCGAGGAGUUUUAUCGUACCUGUUUGUUAUACAUCGAUGAUUCCAGUGAGCAAAGGGAGGCUCCUGAGCACCCCACAAAGCAAAUGAAGUUUCUGCUGGGGAGGAAAGAGGAUGAGGCUGUGCUGAUCGGCGGGGAAUGGUCCCCAUCUCUGGACGGCCCUGAUCCUGAUGCGGACCCGAUGGUCCUGGUUCGCACAGCCAUUCGCUGCACCAAGGCACAGGCCGGGCUGGACCUGAGCAACUGCACAAAGUGGGUCCGAUUUGCUGAGUUCAGGUACCUGCGCGAGGGAGACCCGUCCCAGAGGGAGGUGGUGGUGGUUUUCUUGCCGGACGUCUGGGGCUGCAUGCCGUCCCUGGAGGAGUGGGAAGCCUCGUGCCAGCCGAAGGCAGAGAAGGUGCCCUCGCCACCUCCAUCGCCAGGGGACAAGGCUGCGAUGGGCGUUUCUAAGCAGGAGAUGGAGGCCCCCAGCCCAGCCUCUGAGCAGGAUGCUGCUGCGGACGCCACCGAACUAGCUUUGGAGCCCGCUCCCAAACCAGCGGCCCCCGAAUCCGAAGCCCCUGCUGCCCCCAUGGAGCCAGCUGUUGUGGCCCACCCCCACCCAGGCGGGCAGGACGGGCAGGCGGCCUGCUCCAACAUCUCCCUCUACACCCUGCUGGAGUACAGGAGACGGAGAGAGAAGCUCUCCUUCGAGGUGGCUGUGGUGGCUGAGCUCUUCCAGGAGAUGCUGCAGCGAGAUUUUGGCUACAAGCUGUACAAGGCGCUGUUGGCCUUGCCAGAGAAGGAAGAGCCGCUGGAGGCCAAGAACCCGGAGCCGGAAAGGGCUCCUGAGCCUGCGAAGGAGGUGCCUCCGGAGGCUGCUGGGGCCGAGGAGGAGGCUGAGCAGCCUCCUCCCAAAGCUGAGCCUGGGAACACAGAGGCAGAGAGGCCGGCAGGCAGCGUGGCAGCCACGGCAGGCGGAGAGCAGGAGAGGACUAAAAGUGAGUGCAAAGCAGAUCCCAAAGACUCUCCUGAUGAACUGUGCGUGCUCAGCUUGGAGGACGGCCUGCUGCUGCUCCGGGAGGAGGAAGAGGAGGAGUUCGGUACCAAGCUGGAAGAUGCUGAAGUGAGAUCUAUUGCGUCCAACCAGUCGGAGACGGAGUUCUCCUCCCUCCAUGACGUGCAGCCCAAGGAGCUGGAUCCGAGUGCUGUGCUACCGCUGGAUGCUCUCCUAGCCUUCGUGUACUUCGAUUUGAAUUUCUGUGGCUACCUACACCGAAGGGACCUGGAGAAGAUCCUCCUGACGCUGGGGCUGCAUCUCUGCAAAGAGCAGGUGAAGUGCCUGGUGAAUCGGGUCGUGACUCAGUACGUGUGCCAGUAUCGAAACCUUCAGUACAGCCGGCAGGAGGGCUCGGAGCCAGGCAGCGCUGACCGCAUCCCAGAGGAGGAGCUCUUUGGCAACCUUCCUCUGCUGCCUCCUGCCCGGCCCCCAGCCGAGGUCUCCCUGCCGCCUAAGGCGGGUACGGAGCAGGGAGGCCUGGUCUCCCACAACGGCGCGGUGCUCAACGUGGGGAAGCUGCUGGAGAAGGCGGAGCAGACGGAGAGCAGCCGGCUCUACCUGGAGAGCAAAAUCCACGCGCUGGAGGUCAAGCUGGAGGAGAGCCAGACCCGGGUUUCGGGAAUGGAGUCGACCAACAGAACGCUCACAGCCGAGCUGCGGGAGCUCCAGAGGCGCCUGGCCGAGGUGGAAGAGCAGGCAAAGGCGGCCGAGAGGCAGAAACUGCAAUUCCAGCGACUCUUGCAGGAGAACAGAAAGCGCCUGGCCCCCGUACAGCUGGAGAUUCAGACCAUCAUUGAGAAGACUAAUAACUGCUUAGAAAAGGAACCAGCCUCCUCCAACUGAUGUCUGCUGCCCUUGCUGAUGCAGUCUACCAGGAGGGAGUGAAGUCUGCACCCGUCUGGACUUCACGCGCUAGGGUUGUGGAUCGUGGGCAAGAUCCUCAUGACCUUUUGCUGUCUGGACCUUCUCACUGCAGAGACAGGCUGGAGCUGGUUCCCAUCCCAGGCUUGUGGAGCCAGAGGAGCCAUAGGGAUGCGCAGGAUUUGCUCUGACCACUCAUUCUCGUUUAAUGGAAACCUCUUAGGUAGGAAAUCUUGCAGCCUAGUGUGUACGUGUGUGUAAUGGAGACAGGGCUUGGGCUGUCUUGAUGCUCUAUAGUUGGCCUCAUGACUGGGGACAGAGACAGGCUUGUUUUAAUAGGACAGAGGACCUGAAUGAGACUCUCUGGGGCUGGCUCUUUCUGUGUCGCAGGCCACCCAGCAGCUCUUGGUUACGGUCUCUGUUGAUGCCGCAAUGCCCUUAGAGGGUUUGUUGAGUGCAGCGGGUCUCAGCUCCGCACAUCACGCAAGCCAUGUAACUAGCUUUCUACAGGCUGGCCAACCCGGGUGCUCCCUCGGUGGCCUUGGCUGGCCGGCCUGGGGAGCGCAGGGCGGUGCGGGAGGCCCCACCGCUGCGGCUCCCUCCGGGGGUAGGC